AUGAGGCGAGCCCGGGGCGGGGCGCGGGGUCGGUCCGUGCUGCAUGUGAAGCUCACCGAGACGGCCAUCCGGGCGCUGGAGACCUACCAGAGCCACAAGAAUUUAAUUCCAUUUCGACCUUCGAUUCAGUUCCAAGGGCUCCAAGGGCUUGUCAAAAUUCCAAAAAACGAUCCCCUCAAUGAAGUGCAUAACUUUAACUUCUAUUUGUCCAAUGUGGGCAAGGACAACCCUCAGGGCAGCUUUGAUUGCAUCCAGCAAACAUUCUCCAGCUCGGGAGCCUCCCAGCUCAAUUGCCUGGGAUUUAUACAAGAUAAAAUUACAGUGUGCGCAACGAAUGACUCGUAUCAGAUGACACGGGAAAGAAUGACCCAGGCAGAAGAGGAAUCCCGCAACCGAAGCACAAAAGUUAUCAAACCCGGUGGACCAUAUGUAGGGAAAAGAGUGCAAAUUCGGAAAGCACCUCAAGCUGUUUCCGACGCAGUGCCUGAGAGGAAAAGGUCAACCCCCAUGAACCCUGCGAAUACGAUUCGAAAGACACAUGGCAGCAGCAGCAUUUCUCAGCGGCCAUACAGGGACAGGGUGAUUCAUUUACUGGCACUGAAGGCCUACAAGAAACCUGAGCUGCUUGCUCGACUGCAGAAAGAUGGCGUCAAUCAAAAAGACAAGAACUCCCUGGGAGCAAUCCUGCAGCAGGUGGCCAAUCUGAAUCCUAAGGACCUCUCAUAUACUCUUAAGGAUUAUGUUUUUAAAGAGCUUCAGAGAGACUGGCCUGGAUACAAUGAAACAGAUAGACGGUCAUUGGAGUCGGUACUCUCUAGAAAACUCAAUCCAUCUCAAAAUGCUGCCAGCACCAGCCGCUCGGAAUCUCCUGUAUGUCCUAGUAGGGACGCUGCAUCUUCUCCUCAGAAACGGCUUUUGGAUUCAGAUUUCAUUGAUCCUUUAAUGAAUAAAAAAGCUCGAAUAUCUCACUUGACAAAUAGAGUACCGCCCACCCUAAAUGGUCAUUUGAAUCCUACCAGUGAAAAGCCUGCUGCCGGCCUCCCUCCACCCCCUGUAACUGCCGCCCUUCCCACCCCUCCACCGCUGCCUUCCACCCACCUGCCCGUCUCCAAUCCUCCUCAGACUGUAAAUUCUAACUCCAAUUCCCCCAGCACUCCGGAAGGCCGGGGGACUCAAGACCUGCCUGUUGACAGCUUUAGUCAAAAUGGUAGCAUCUAUGAGGACCAGCAAGACAAAUAUACCUCUAGGACUUCUCUGGAAACCUUACCCCCCAGUUCAGUUCUACUAAAGUGUCCAAAGCCUAUGGAGGAAAACCAUUCAAUGUCGCACAAAAAGUCCAAGAAGAAGUCAAAAAAACACAAGGAAAAGGACCAAAUCAAAAAGCAGGACAUUGAAACUAUUGAAGAAAAGGAAGAGGACCUUAAACGACAAGAGGAAAUUGCCAAGCUAAAUAACUCCAGUCCGAAUUCCAAUGAAGGAGUUAAAGAGGGUUGCACUGCCUCCACGGAACCUUCUUCAACAAUUGAACUCCCAGAUUAUUUGAUAAAGUACAUCGCUAUCGUGUCCUAUGAACAGCGACAGAAUUACAAGGAUGACUUCAAUGCUGAGUAUGAUGAGUACAGGGCUUUGCAUGCCAGAAUGGAGAACGUCGCCCGAAGAUUUAUCAAACUGGAUGCACAACGCAAGCGCCUUUCUCCAGGCUCAAAAGAGUAUCAGAACGUUCAUGAAGAAGUCUUACAAGAGUAUCAGAAGAUCAAGCAGUCUAGUCCCAAUUAUCAUGAAGAAAAAUACAGAUGCGAGUACCUUCACAACAAGCUGGCUCACAUCAAAAGACUAAUAGGUGAAUUUGACCAACAGCAAGCAGAGUCAUGGCACUAGAACCCUGCUUGGACCAGAAGAUGUGAAUAAACUUAAGCUUAUUUAUUUAAAAUUCCAAAUGAGUUGCUCUAGAUUCUAAAAAGAUGAAACUUUGCCUGUUAAAAGUUUCAGUAUUAGUAAACUUGAGUUACCUUUUUUUUUUUUUUUUUUUCCAACUUUGCUUCCCUGCAUUUCGAAGCUGCUUUUUCUGGUCCUUUUUACCCUUCAAGACUUGUGUUUGUUAAUAGAAAUAAUUUUUUUAGAUAUUGGGGAUCCAGUGUCUAUACUUCAAAUCAAAUUGUUUUCCUCAAAAAUUUGUGUUUGUCACUAGAAAUGAUUUUUUUUAGGUAUUGGGGAUCCAAUGUCCACACCUAAAAGUUGUGUGUGUUUGAAAACAAAAAAAAAACAAACAAACAAAAAAAACAAAAACCAGUAACGUGCAAGAGGAGAUGCUUUUGGAUAAACAUAAGCCUAUUUUCUGACCUUUCUUAAUGCAAACUCUUUGCCUUAAAUGGUAGAAUAUUUAGAAACUUGCACAAAAUACACAAAAAAAAUAAAUAAAUGAACAUUGUUUUGGAGGGUUAAAAUAUAGAAAGUGUAUGAAAAUGCAUAUCGAUGUACACGUGCAUACGUAUCAAGGCUGACUUGAUCUAUUGAAACAACGGUAAAUCCGCCCUGCAAGUUAACCCCCCAUCGCAAUGGUUGCCUUAAGGUGUUUGCUAGUCGUGUACCUAGUGUGGUUAAUCAUUAGCUACACUGCUUCCCACUUGAUUAGAGCAACGGGAAGCACACUGUGGCCUACCAGCGUCUGGAAGUGUGUGCUCUACCUAUAUGUGUGCAGAGGUGGUGUGGAUGUGAGCGUGCAUGAAGGAAAAAAAGCUGCUACUCCCAGUAGGCCAAACGCUCAGGUUAAACAACUGACGAGUGUUACUGUAGGGUUUUCUUUUGUUUUUUUGUGUUUUGUUUUGUUUUGUUUUUCCUGUCAAAUUGCUACUUCUAUUGUGGAAGACAAAAGCAUUUCCAUUUCAACAGUCUGUCAGCUUUAUUAAUGUUGGGCAAAAAUUAAUAUUAUGAAAAUGAAACAAAUCUAUAGUUUUGGGCAAAAAAAUAUAAAAUUAAAUGUGUAGGUAACCUAUUUAUAUACUGCUAUAAAGUAUUUUUUGAAGAGAGAUAUGCAAAGAAGCUAUUACCUACAUGAAAUGUAUAUUUAAAGAUUUUUUUUUUCAUCCUGGGUGCCAGGAAUAUAAAAGAGAGCAGAUAUAUUUAACCAUAACAUACUGUGAUUCAUCAAACAGCACAAACUUUCAUUUCAUGGAGUUUAUCUGUUGACGUUGAUUUAAACUAUCACUUGUUUUAUCAUGUGGGAACAUAAGUUAUGUGGUCAAACAUACAAGAAUUUUGAACUGAUGUUGAUUCAAGUUGUGUUGUCUUAUUGUAUUGUCUUUUCAAAGUGCUGCCAGUUGAAAAGGGAAGCAUUAUGUUUACAAAUCUGUUUUGAAAUGUUUGCCAAAAUUUUGGUAGUAUCUUUAAUAAAGAUGUUUGUCUCCAGCAUCCAAAAAAAGAAAAAAAAAGAAAUAACUUUGUUGCGUAUCACUGUAAACCAGAAAAUGUUGGUAUCUAGAAAAUGUCGAGAUAGCAUAUAGGUUAACUUUGCCUUUGGUGUUCUUCUAAAACACGAACUGGACUGAUUAGGUAAUAGAUUUAAAAUACACAAACAUGUGCAGGCUACACAAAGACUGAAACAAGGCCCCUGUGCUCUGCAACUCUAUAGCAUUCCUGGAGAAAGUUGACUUCUAUGAACAUAAACCUCCUAGGGAGUUCUGUUUCUUUUAGCAAUGAGAUCCCUGGUGCUCCUCCUCUUACCUCGGAACUAGUACAAUCAUUUUUAAAUGCUAAUUUAUUUCAAAUUUUCAGUUGCAAAAUGAGAAAGAAACUCAUUGCAGAUAAAUUUGGUACUGUAUUAUUAAGGUAGAGUCUCCCGAGGGGUUUCUCUAUAGGUCAUGUCACUGGUGUUACUUUCUAGACAUCCUGGCCUUUUCAUCGGAGAUCCCGUGCUGCUGUUUGCUGUGAGCAAUGUUUCUCAAAAGCAAGGUGCUUACACCACUUGCAUCACUCAGUUAGAAUCUCUAGGUAUAAGGCCCGGUAUCUGCAUUGUCAUCGUUUCCCAAAGGUCAUUUUUGCAAGCUGAAGUGUGAGAAUCAUUGUCUCAGAUGUAGCUCUCAACUUUUAGGCCCGUAAGUCUCAAAAUCUUGUACUGAAGGUCAACUAUUGGCUUUUAUUUAAGAAGCCAAUCCCUGUCAACUGGUGCAAGUCACUUUUCCCCUCUGCGUGACCUGAGGCACCCCCUCAGAGUUUGUUUCACUGCCAACUCUUGUUUCAGAACCUGUUUACAAACAAGCCUUCCAGUUGGUUAAUUAAUGUUAGCCCAUGGAGCGCCUUCCCACCUGCAUCAGCACAUCUUCUGGUUUACAAGUUGGGUAACAUGGAAGCUGGAGGUACUUUGUGGAAAUCCAGCAGUGCACACCCAUAGACUUGACCAUGUACCAGAAAAAGCCUUAAUUGAGAUGUUUGUUGUAUACAUUCAACAGAUUUUCGCAAAAUGUGUAUCUGUCAGUUGCAAAUCUGAGAGUUGUAUUCUCUGUGAAUCUGCUAUUACCCAGGGUUGCAUGCAUCCCUUUUGAAGAUGGGCAUGAGCCUAGUAAGCUAUUUAUAAUCAUUUUUCAUCUCCUACUGCAAGAUUUUUAGAUUCUCACAAACGAUUGCUCCAGAAAGGGUGAUUACUCUGGUGGAAGAACUUACUUCAUUUUUUGUGUUGUUGUUGUUGUUGUUGUCGUCGUCGUUUAGGUUGUUUGUGUUUCGGAGGAACAGUAAAUGUAAAACAGCAUUGUCCACAUUAGAGAAUAAGUGGUGGUCUUUUUUCAUCACAUUUCAUCCGAAAUAAUUUGAAGGACUCUUCUAGAAUUUCACUGACACCCAUAAAUCAACUCCAGAUUGAAAGGGUGGCUGAUUUGGGAUUUGGGGUUCGUUGUUUUGUUUUGUCGUGUUUUUUAACAUGGGGAUUUCAGCUCCUAUGGCGUUGGUUAUUUAUUUCCCAUGGACUAUUUUAGAAGAUUUAACUUUCAGCUCUUUAAGUAGCAGUAAAUGUUCAGCACUUGCUCUCAAGAAAUAAUUGGUGUGAUCAAUUUAGAUCAUUGCUCCAUGAAUUAAUUAUAAAAAUCAGUGUUAAUUUUCUUUCCUCUCUGAUUGAUCUAAUAACCUUUCUAGAAGUCUUUUCCCUUGAAGUAUUUCACCUUCUUAUGUAAAACAAAUGCAGAUUUGCAUAUUGGAGGGGAGAUGUUGAGAUGAGGUUUAGACAACAAUGGUCCAUAGUUCAGACACUGCCUGGGUGCCUUACCCUUCCCAUUAGUGCAUUCUUUGCUUCUGGAACUUGGCUGAAAGUGUUCAGCCAAUUCAUUGUCUUUCCAGCAGUGUGAGUGUCGAGUCACGUAUGCUUGGUAUAUGCCUUUACUGCAUUGGAAGUUCUUACAGUUUAUUACUUGCCCAAGUAUUACUGAAUCCUUUUCUUAUGAGUACUGGGUAGGGGGAAAACUACAGCCAGCACUUUGAGAGGACUGUUUUGGGAAAAGAUAUUUACUGACACUACUAAAUGAAGGCCGCAGAAGAUGUUAUCGAUAUUCUUUGUAACCUGAAAGUUGAACAAGGCAUGGAGGCUCAUUUCAAACUAUUUGGAAGUGUUAAAAAUUUAUAUUUGCUGUUUUUCAGUUGUUCCACCCAAACCAUGUUAGGACUCUCGGAGGGAAAAUGUCACAGGGGCUCUUGAGUUGUUACUGAGCUCAGCAGCUGUGGCGGCCCCUGUUGUUCUACACCAAUUUCAGUUCAAUAAAAAAUGUUAACUUUGCAA